GUUUGGUGCCUGAUCAAAAUUCGCUGCUAGUAACCGUCAGUGGCUGAGAGCGGUGACAGCUGAACAUUUAGUCGUCUACUGAACCCCGAGUACAAUCGCCAAAAUGUUCGAAGAAGCCAGUGAAGUGUUUGACAACAUGUUCAAAUCUUCGUUUCCCCUAACCUUUAUAGUGUUUAUCCCCGCGGUGCUGAUUCUGGUGUCUCCGCUCCCGGCCGAGGCGGCUCAUGAGUUCACGGUGUACCGCAUGCAGCAGUACGACCUCCAGGGACAGCCGUACGGUACCAGGAAUGCCAUCCUGAAUACAGAGGCGCGUACUGUGGAGGCAGAGGUACUAAGUCGUCGCUGUGUCAUCAUGCGUUUGGCAGAUUUCUCCUACGACAAGUACCAGAAAGCCCUGCGCCAGUCGGCGGGGGCCGUGGUCAUCAUCCUGCCCAAGAACAUGUCUGCCAUACCGCAGGACAUAGUGCAGCAGUUCAUGGAGCUGGAGCCAGAGAUGCUGGCCAUGGAAACCAUCGUCCCCGUCUACUUUGCCGAGGAGGACGAUGAGUUGCUGUCCAUCUACACCCAGACCCUCACGUCCUCGUCCUCUCAGGGCUCCUUAUCUGCAGCUGAAGUGCUGCUGCACACAGCCACAGCAAAUGGCUUUCAAAUGGUGACCAGUGGAGCUCAGAGCAAAGCCGUCAGUGACUGGGCCAUCACCAGUUUGGAGGGCCGUCUGACUGGAGUUGGAGGAGAGGACCUUCCCACCAUCGUGGUGGUGGCUCAUUAUGAUACUUUUGGUGUUGCUCCAUGGCUGUCAUAUGGCGCAGACUCAAACGGCAGUGGUGUGUCCAUGUUGCUGGAGCUAGCUCGUCUCUUCUCCAAGCUCUACACCUACAAGAGGACGCACGCUGCGUACAACCUGCUCUUCUUUGUGUCUGGUGGAGGGAAGUUUAACUACCAGGGUACUAAGCGUUGGCUAGAGGACAACCUGGACCACACAGACUCCAGUUUGCUGCAGGACAACGUAGCGUUUGUGUUGUGUCUGGACACUCUGGGGAACAGUGACUCGCUCUACCUUCAUGUGUCCAAACCUCCAAAAGAGGGAACCCCUCAGUACUCUCUGCUCAAAGAACUGGAGACUGUGGUUGCAAGUCAACACCCUGAAGUAAAGUUCUCCAUGGUUCACAAGAAAAUCAACCUGGCUGAUGACAUGCUGGCCUGGGAGCACGAGCGCUUCGGGAUCCGCCGGCUGCCGGCCUUCACUCUGUCCCAUCUGCCCUCGCACCGCUCGGCUCAGCGCUCCAGCAUCAUGGACGUGCGGUCAGUGUCCCCCUCCUCUCGCCAUGGAGCGGGAGAGCCCCCUGCUGGACCUCAUGUAGAUGUCAGCAAGCUCAGCAGGAACGCCAAGGUGGUAGCAGAGUCCCUGGCGAGGGUCAUCUACAACCUCACAGAAAAGGGAGCUUCUGGAGAUCUCCAGAUUUUCACAGAACAAAUGCAGGUGCAGGAGGAGCAUCUGUCCGCCGUGGUGGACUGGCUUACAGCGCAGCCGCGAGCCGCUCAGCUGGUGGACAAAGACAGCAGCAUCGUCUCCACGCUGGAGUAUCACCUCAGCCGUUACCUCAAGGACGUCAAAAGGCACUACGUCAAAGCUGACAAAAGGGAUCCAGAGUUUGUUUUCUACGAUCAGCUGAAGCAGACUAUGAAUGCUUACAGAGUGAAGCCAGCUAUUUUUGACCUGCUGCUGGCUCUCUGCAUUGCAGCCUACUUAGGGAUGAUGUAUCUGGCUAUCCAGAACUUUGGACUCCUUUACAGUGUUGUCCGGAGAAUCACCCAGCCCAAAGUCAAGGUCCACUGAGGUUUCCUGUUUUCAAGACCUCCCAGUACCUCCUUCCUCAAAUCCAGACACUCUAGCCAAUAAGAACGCAGAUGCUGGACCGAACUGCUGUUCUGAUCAGGACCAGAAAAGUCACUUCCAUUUCCUUUGCCCGGAUGCACAAACUAUGAUGUCAGAUCCUGUCUUGCUGCCAACCUUUUCCUGGUCUCAUGGACCUCGAUAUUCAGGAGUUGUGUUUUGAGAUGUUAACAGUUUGGUUAUGUUUUUAUGUGCUGAUCCUUGUUUAUUUCCCCGUCUCUCUUUGAGCCGGACUGAUGUGUCGUAUUAGGCAGCUAGAAACUGAGUCAAGUCUGGAGUUUCUGUGAUCACAGGCCCGUCAAAGGAAAGAUGCAAAGUUUUCUAGUUUCUUUCAAUGUCCAUCUCACGUGCUUAUGAGAUGUCCUGCAAAAUGCAUAACUAUUGUUCUUUAUGCUUCAAAAGUUCCCCCAAAACAGAGGGUCAAUUACCAAGCAUUUAAUGUCUCAAAUCAAUAAUAUCCAACAUGAAAUAAAUUGCCUUCAAAGUUUUUGUGCCAAUUUAAUCUUUAUUUUUAGCUGGUGGCAGUCAGUCACUUCUCAUUUCAACGCUGGAUAUUUGACAGCUUAGUUCUGCUGGAAAGGGAGCUGAAUUUGAACAAGAAGAACGAUCAAAAUUAUUCAAGAACACAUUCAGAAAUUUGAGUAGGUGAAUAUCAACGCUUUGAAAACAAACAAAAAACUCCUAAAGAAACACUGUUUACAGGAAAGACGAUCUGUGAAAUGUGAAGAUGUUUUUAGAUCUUUUUUUUUCUUGUCACCUGAUGAUUUGUGCAAGUUUCCCCAAAUAAACUGUUUGUGCAUUUCUUCUUCUUUAUUCUGCCAUGAAUUACUUUUUUUCUACUUUGUUUCAUGUUGCUGUGUGACUUUCUAUGAUUUAUUUUUGAUUUUUGAAUAUUCUCCUCCUUUGAUUAAAAGAGAUUGUUCAAUCAUGUGAUGGCAAGUAUCGGAAAAAUCAUGUUUUCUUAUAUCAGAGAAUGCCCAAAUCACAUUUCCCGGCAGAAAAUGAUUUGAUUUUUGACUUUUUUUUUUUUUUCUCUGAGCAACAACUUUAUUUCAAACCUGGAGGUUAUUUAAAACACUGGACUUCUUAAAAAUGGUUAGAAACCAGAUAAAUGAGGCAGAAAUGUCCUAAAUGGUUCUCUCUAUGGUGUUUAUCUGCUCUGUUUUCUUGUAUUAUUUUGCUUUACUGCAUGACCCAUGGCAACAAUUACAGAACUUCUUAUUUACCGACAGAUGGAAAAACUGGUACAAAUAAAAUCUAAUUUAUUGGA